CUUGACAAUUAAUUUGGAUAGCAUCAUCAUUUUAUUAUAUAACCACAGAUGAAUCAUAAGCCUUACUAUUUUGGGACAGUGGCUUUGCUUUAGUUGCUUAUUUUUAUUCUUGUCAUCUACUGUAUUAGAUGUACUCUUUCAUUCAAUAUAUGAAGCAAAUACUUAAUACUAAUGUAUUAGAUACUUUGGAGGACACAAAUGAAGUAGUGUUAAAAUUGUAAUAAACAACUUGCUACUGAAAGUAAUUGAAAUUUGCAAAAAAUUAUAAUUUGCAUGUAUAUAUGGAUUUGUCCAAUGUUAAGUUGUUUAAGUAAAAAAGCAAAGAAAAAAGGAGUAAAAAAGAGGAGGAAGAGGAAGCAAAGAAAGAGGAGGAGGAAGAAGAGGAGCAAGAAAAAAGAAGAAAGAAGGAAAAGAAGGAAUAAGGGGAAAAGGAGGAGACAAAAGAGACCUUUUGGACUAAUUUUUCUGUGAGACACCUCUUUCUGGGGGCUGCCUGACUGUGCCUCAUUCUUGCAGCCUCCACAGACCCCCCUCAAGGAGUCAGCCUGUGUCUUACAUCUCUGCUUUUAAUCUUUCCCACCCUGCCUUGAUAUUCCUUCAGAUAUGUUGGCCCUGUUAACAUUGCUUCUUCUGUGGACCACUAACCCAGUCAGAAUCAAGGGAAAUGAGGAAAAGAUCAUUGGUGGUCAAACAUGCAUUUCCUACACUCAGCCUUGGAAGGCUUUGCCUCUCAAGGUUUCCACUGUGGGGGUGUCCUGCUGUCUGAUCAAUGGAUGCUCACAGCAACUCACUGUGCCACUGGCACCUCCAAGUGAUCUUAGGGAAACACAAUCUCCAGUACCUGGAGCUUUAGAGGCACCCACUAAGGGUGAAGCAACAGAUACCCCAAAUACAACUCCAGAACCAAAAGCAAUGACCUCAUGCUGUGGUACCUGCAGAGGCCAACGAAGUGGAUCUCCCAAAGUGAGCCCAUUCAGCUUGCAAAAGACUGUACCAGUCCUGGGACCCUCUAAGUGGUGUCCAGUGGAAUCCAUUUCUAGUCCUUUUGUCAAGAUUCUUAGAAUCCUCCAGUGCCUGAACUCAGAAUCUCAUCUGAAGAAGAAUGCAGGAAUGCUUACCUCCAAAGUCAUCAUUCUAGGUAUGGUCUGUGCUGGGAACCUCAGAGAUGGGAAGGACUCCUGCCAAGGUGACUCUGGUGGCAGACAAAAACAGAGACAGAGAAAUCUAAUGGACUAG